AUGGGACGCAGGGACGAUGCGGAUGUCACCAUUCCCUACAAGACAUGGCGUUGUGGCGGUCGCGGCCAAGUCAACCGCAGUCGGGAAAAGCAAGAGGUGAAUACGCAGAAGUGGCAAUACAGAAAGGAUGCAGCAUGGAUUACUGGCUAUUGCGAACGCAAGACAUUAUUUAAGGUUUCGGACAGUCUCAAGGCUCACAGUAUCGGAAAUCGGGAAAGCAAUGGUGCCAUCCGAGUUCACUCAUUUCCAGCUUGCGGCAUCAGCCAUUGUGGCUCAAGACGGGAAUGUGUCAGGUAUAUAGCACAGCAUUAUCAUUUCAUCAUUGUCUCCGGCAUCCCAGAGUGUUUCCAGAGUGCCGCCGAUCUGGUUUACGACGCCUUCGAACACAAUGUGGUGCCCGUGGUUCUCCAGGCCAAGUCGUGGAAUAAAUUUCCUCGAAAGUCCAUAAUCAGCUCUUCAACGAUGCGCAAUCCUGGUGAACUGGCGGCGUAUCUCAGGACUCUCAUCGACAAUCCGAAACUAUACAACCAGUACUUUGCUUGGAAGAAUACGUGCAAAGUGGCAGAGCCCAGAAGUUUCCUGCUCACAGCACCGCUGGUCCUCUACAGCCAAUGCCCUACCCUGCCCGACCAUUCGACCGUGUAG